AUGGCGUCUGUAGCGGCAGUACGGAGCCUGAGCACCAAGGACAAAAAAAACGGGAAGGAGAAGACAAAGGAAGGAGAGAAUGAGAGUGGCUCGACACCAGCUACCGGAGAGACGGCGAUCGUUACGGAGGCCUCGACAACUCAUGAUUCCAUCUCCUGUGAUGACCACUUUGAUGACGGCGGCGUUGGCUCCAAGGAGGAGAGUGCAAAGCUGAUCAAUCGGAUGGCCGAGGCGCUCCGACGAGCACGUGAGGAUGGUCUACCCGACAGUGCGAACAAAAAGCCUCCACUCUCAGCGGCCUUGGCCUAUCUUGCACGACACAAUAUUCGCAAACGCAUCAUCCAUGUUGGUAGUGCUUCACGUAUGCCUGCUGAGUGUGGUGCUCCCGGUGGAGGCAUCGCUUAUCCCAAGCUGACCAAAUUUAUCUUUGACUAUCGAAUCAGGGAUCCGGAUGCACCGGAGGUCUUUAUCGAUGAUACGAAGAAGUAUGGAAAGAGGAUGGAGCUGUAUUGUGGAAAGGACUUUCAGAUUGAGUUCUGGGAGUACUGUCUUCAGACGAUGGUGGUGGGGGAGGUGGCGGCCUUUAUGGUGCCGCCACGCCAAUUGGUUGCCUUUCCAGCGGUGAACAAGAAGCUGCGCGACUAUAUGCUUGAUCGGACAGCGGACUCGGCAAACCCACCCAAACACACUUGUGCGUUCAUGAGUCUGCAGGCCCAGGGCGGCCUGGGUUAUCCCGAUCUCGAUGACCUUCUUGCCAAGCCUCGUAUGCUCGAGUUCAUCUUCGAUCUUCACUCGGUGGUCCUGCCUCACGAAGGUCCAAAAGAGAGCUGGAUAAUGACCCCGGAGGAGAAGGUGGAGGCGAUUCCGCGUCUGCGACAAGCUGGCAACGAGCUCUACGCCCAGGGCCAAUGGUUUGAGGCCGCGACUAAGUACGAGGAGGCCCUCAACCUCAUUGAACAGCUCUCACUUUCUGAGAAGCCCGGUGAUCCGGAGCACGUGCGCCUAGACCAAAUGCGCGUCCCCUUUUACGUCAACAUGGCGCAAUGCCAGUUCAAACUGAAGGACUACUACGGAGCAAUUCGGAGCACAAGCGAGGCGUUGACGCGAGACACGGACAAUGUAAAGGCACUUUUUCGACGAGCACAAGCGUACUCCGCCACCUCAGACGUCCAACUGGCCGAGGCAGACUUCCUGCGGGUUAAAAGCCUCGCACCGGACACGAUGACGACCUGCGUGGAUCGAGAACUGGCCAACCUGGACCGAAUAGAUCGUGAGUGCAGAGAGCAGGAGCGCCGACUCCUCGCCGGCAAGAUGUUCAGCCAAACCUGA